AUGGCUCCAGUUGCUGUUACGCCUGUCUCUCCGCCAUCUCCCACCCUUGACGAUACUUCUAAAUUGACCAAGGCUGGCACGGCCGCAAUACUUGAGAAGACUGCCUCUAACAGCCGUCGAGUUGCAGAGCUAGAUGCCUCGAAACUGACCAUUACCCGCAACCUCAACCCCAAGGAUGUGCCGGUGGCCAACUCGCCAGAAGUCUGGUCGCAGAGCUGCACGACGGAUCAUAUGCUGACCGCUCGCUGGACGGAGAAAGAUGGAUGGGAAGCGCCCGAAAUCAGACCUUACGGGCCGCUAUCCAUCAUGCCCACGGCAUCCGUCCUGCAUUAUGCCACCGAGUGCUUUGAAGGAAUGAAGGCAUACAGAGGCGUGGAUGGCAAGGUCCGCCUUUUCAGGGCCGACCGCAACGCAAGACGAUUCUUACAAUCAGCAACUCGGAUUGCACUGCCCAGCUUCCCGCCAGAGGAAUUUGUCAAAUUAUUGAAGAAGUUCGUCGGCGUCGAGGCAAGCAAAUGGAUUGCCGAGCCGGAGUCUUUCAUUUACAUUCGACCAACCAUGAUAGCAACGGCACCUGCUCUCGGUGUACAGAGACCCAAGGAGGCAUUGAUGUAUAUCAUCAUGGUCAUGUUCCCAUCUUUAGACGACCCGAGCUGCAAACCCCCUUCUUCUCUUCCUGCGCAGCCCACAGCCUCGAAGGGGAUGCGCCUCCUUGCUUCCCGGCACGACAUGAUCCGAGCCUGGCCGGGCGGAUUUGGAAAUGCGAAAGUCGGGGCAAACUACGGACCGUCGCUCGUCGCGCAGGGAGAAGCAAGGGCCAGAGGUUAUGAUCAGAUUCUGUGGUUGUUUGGGAACGAGUGCUUCGUCACUGAAGCAGGCGGUUCCAAUUUCUUCGUGCUGUGGGACAACAAGCAAACCGGACGGAGAGAGCUUGUCACAGCACCGCUGGAAGACGGAGUCAUUCUCGAAGGCGUCACGCGCGCGUCGGUACUGGAACUCGUCAGAUCUGGGGCGAUCGGCGGCGGCAAUGUGGAUGUGGUUGAGAGGAAAUUCACCAUGCAUGAACUCAUCGAGGCCGAGAACGAGGGGAGACUCCUCGAGGCGUUUGGAGCCGGGACGGCCUUUUUCAUCUCCCCGGUGCAGGAUAUUCAUUUCCGAGGUUCCGAUCUUGUCCUACCGCUGGGACGGGAAGGGCAGGAGAACGGUGUCGCUGCCGAGACCAACGGAGCCAGCUUUGCCAUGGCCGUCAAGCAGGCCUUGAAGGACAUCAUGUAUGGCCGACGAGAGCACGAGUGGGGUGUGGUGAUUGAAGAGGAGAAAGAGAGACGUGCUUUUGAAUGA